AUGCUCCGCACUGCGGCGCUCCGAGCGCAGAAGCACCUCGCUACACGCUGCGCGCCCUGUUUGGCAGUGUCUCUAGCCAAGGUAGCUCUUCCUAGCGCAGUUCAUGGGUGUCCACUGUCGUCUUCGACUCCCGACGCGAAUGUCAAAGUCAAAGCCGCGUAUUUGCGCUCCAUAACCAGCGACAUCUGGGCUCUACAGAACCUACUCCAGUCUCUGGCGAGCGACUCGGACGUCGCCAACAACUUGGAGCGAUCUGUCAGGCGCGUAUUGGAGUGUCACCAACAGCAGAGACGAGUGUUCGUUACUGGAAUGGGCAAGUCGGGGGCCGUGGCGCAGCGUCUGGCGUCCACGCUGUCCUCCAUAUCCAUCAGCAGUCAAUGGAUCCAUGGAGGAGAGUGGGUGCAUGGAGAACUUGGCGGCUUGAAACAAGGAGAUGUGGUGAUCAUCGUGUCACAUAGCGGUCGAACGUCGGAGCUGCUUCCGCUGCCCGACCUGUUUAGGAAAUCUGGAUGCAGCGUAAUGGCCAUCGUCGGAGAUAGCUGCUCUCCGCUGAGCAAAAACUGUGAUUGGUCCAUUGUUGCGCCAGCGGAAGAUGAAGUCGACUGCCCUGUUCCAUCCAGAAGUAUUAUUGUUCAGGAGGCUAUCUGCAACGCGAUUAUCCAGCAUUUGAUCGAGAACAUGGCUGAUGGAGCAGACGUCUUGAGAGAAAGCCAUCCUGGCGGCGCUAUUGGUGCUAGAUUUGCGAAUUAA